GUUCAUGGGUCAAUGACAUCACCACAUUGAAAUGGUCUAUAUUGAUUAUAAUAGUUGUUUUUUACAGUAAAAGCAGAUAUAAUUUGAGCUGAUAGUAUAAAACACUUCAUAAUUAGUUUACCUUAAAUCAAAAGACAGUUUUAAGUGAACUAUGUGUUAAUUAGAAGAAAUAUAGGAUUUUAAUCUUUGCAGAUCUGCCCCUCCUCCUUCAGUGAUGCCCCUCCCCCUUAAAUGAAGCUCCUCCCUCUUCAGUUCAGCUAUAAAUACUGGAGUAUUCCCAUCAGUCUACAAGUGAAGACGAGCAUCAGAGCAUCAGGAAGAGGUGAUAUUUGAAGGACAGAGAGAAGAUGAGUGAUCCAGAACCCUGCAGAACUGAAGAGGAAGAGGCUGAAGAGCAAACAGACUUUACUGAAGAGAAUGAGGAGAAUGAUGAUGAUGAUGGACUUGUAAAAGCUGAGAAAAUCCCUCAUUUAUUGACUGAAGAUGCUUUUGUAAUGAAAAGGGAGAAGAAAUGUUUCACCUGCACUCAGUGUGGAAGGAGUUUGGCAUCCAAACAAAGUCUCCAGCUUCACAUGAGGAUUCACACUGGAGAGAAACCGUACACAUGCACUCAGUGUGGGAAGAGUUUCAGACAAUCAUCAGCGCUUAAAACACACAAGCUGAUCCACACUGGAGAGAAAACACACACAUGUGAUCAAUGCGGCAAGACAUUUUUUUGGGCUUCACAGCUGGAGAAACAUCUGAGAGUUCACACUAAAGAGAAACCGUAUUCAUGCUCUGAGUGUGGGAAGAGUUUUGGACAUCAGUCAAAUUUAAAAGACCAUCAGAAGAUCCACACUGGAGUGAAAGAGCACAUGUGCUUUGAGUGUCAGAAGACUUUUGUUAGAGCUGGGGACUUGAAACAGCACCAGAUGAUUCACACUGGAGAGAAACCAUACAGGUGUUCACACUGCGACAAGAGAUUCAGACAGUUUGGAACCCUGAAAGCACAUGAGAGGAGUCACACUGGAGAGAAACCGUACACGUGUGAUCAGUGUCUGAAGAGUUUCACACAUUUAAAUCAGAUUAAGACACACAUGAAAAUCCACACCGGAGAAAAGCAGCACACGUGACGUCAACAUAAGCAAAGCAUUCUCUCAUGUGUUACGGGUGUGACCAUCAGAAAAUACUGGAGAUUAGGUGUGGAAAUUAAAUCCAUCCGUCUCCAGUUGUUGCUUUUAUUACCAAUAGUGUCAUCCAUAUCAAUAGUUUCAUGUUCAUCUUAUUCCAUGAUUACUAUUUACCUAAUAGGUCAGAAUACGAAUGUACAUUUAAUUGAUUGAAUAUAUUGUUAAUUUCUACAGCUGCAGAGAAUCCGGAAAGAGCCACAUAUUGGUAAAAACUGUUAUGAGAGCUGCUUUAACAUUACGUUAUGAUUGAAUUACCUCUUGUUAGUGAUGAAAUAGUUUGAUAACAAGCAGGAAAUGUUCAUGGGUCAAUGACAUCACCGCAUUGAAAUGGUCUAUACUGAUUAUAAUAGUUGUUUUUUACAGUAAAAGCAGAUAUAAUUUGAGCUGAUAGUAUAAAACACUUCAUAAUUAGUUUACCUUAAAUCAAAAGACAGUUUUAAGUGAACUAUGUGUUAAUUAGAAGAAAUAUAGGAUUUUAAUCUUUGCAGAUCUGCCCCUCCUCCUUCAGUGAUGCCCCUCCCCCUUAAAUGAAGCUCCUCCCUCUUCAGUUCAGCUAUAAAUACUGGAGUAUUCCCAUCAGUCUACAAGUGAAGACGAGCAUCAGAGCAUCAGGAAGAGGUGAUAUCUGAAGGACAGAGAGAAGAUGAGUGAUCCAGAACCCUGCAGAACUGAAGAGGAAGAGGCUGAAGAGCAAACAGGUUGGUGUUUAUUCCUGAUUCCUCAAUAAUGCGGCUGAUGAACAAUAAGAGCUUCUGAUUAAUCAUGCGCACUAUUGGAACAUCAUGAUUAUUAUUAUUAUUUUGAAAUGAAAACAGGAAAAUAAAUAGACUUUAGGGCAGAGCGGGGCACAAAGUAACACUUUUUGGCUUUGGCUAAAUAAUGAAGAAAGUAAUUGGGUUAGACAAGCCUUAUUUUUUUACUUACAACACACAAGCCUCUCCUACAAGUGAGCACUGAAGUUAGGAUCGCCGGAUCUGUGGUUUCUGCGCAGUAUUGCCGAAUGUACCAGGAGUAAAAAUGAUACUAUUUACCCCCCCCUGUGGGGCAAGUUGUAACAGACAGGGGGGUUAGUUGUAUCAAGCUGCAGGCCCGGAGACUCAACCGCAUGCCAGACAGUAAUGUGUGAACUGUGGAGCAGGCUAAAU